AUGAAAUUGAUAAUGAAAAUUCAAAUCAAAUUAUUGUUGACGAAAAAAUCAAUGAUAAAAAUGAAACGGUAGAAUCUGAAGUCAAAAAAGAUCAACAAUCUGAUGGAAUGGAAGAUUCGAAUGAAGAAAAACUUCAAAAAAUGAUUGAUAGCUCAACGAAAAGAAUUUCGGCCAAAUCAAACGUUCCUGAUAUGAAUCAUGAUCGCCUGAAUGAAUUGAUAAAAGGUUGGCUUGAUGAUGGAGAUCUGAUCCGUUUGGAACAUGUUGUUAUUGCCGGUCAAGGACAUCGAUUAUUAAAUAUCGAUUCUGAUAACAAACAAGUUCAAGAUUUUCUGAAUUUAAUACCACAUUAUAUGGAAAAGAUAAAAAAAAUUCAUGAAUCAGUGAUCAAGGGCAAUUUUGAAGAGGUGCAAAAAACAUUAACACGUAAACGAUUUGCAUUAUGCCGUGAUCAAUAUGGUAAUUCACCAUUACAUUUAGCCGUUCUACAUGGUCACGUUGAUAUUUUGCUAUACAUUAUCACUCAAUUUCCAGAAACAAUUGAUGGGCCAGAUAAUGAUGGACGAACACCAUUCCAUUAUGCGGCCGUUUUGCCCGAUAAGCAAAUAUAUCAAAUUCUUGAAGCGGCUGAUGCUAAUAAAAACCAAAAUGAUAGAUAUGGUUUCACUCCGGUUGACUAUUUGACUAACGGAAAAUUGACGAUUCGGGAUUUGCUCAUUAAAUAUAGUGAUAAAGAAGAUGAUGUAGAGAAAAAAAAUAAAGCUGAUCUUUGGGAAAGGCCGCCAACGCCAGAAAUCGUGUCACAAUUGACUCCUGAAAGCGGUUCGGCUCCUUCUUCAGCCAAUGGUGGUGCUGAUGUUGAUGGUGGUGGCAAUACACAGAAAAGAGCUUCUACUAUUGAUAUGGAUGAACAAAAAUUAUUAAUGCCAAAGGCAGAUGAUCAAUCAAUGAUCAUAAAUGAUACGAAAGAUAAAGAAAAAGAGAUACAAGUUCUUCAAAUUGAACCAAGACAAAUGUAUGAUGAUGAUACUAAUAAUGGAGAAAAAGAAGAGCCACAGACAAUUAUAAAUGGUAAUGAUUUAGGAUCUGAAUCAAAUAAACUGGACAAUACAUCCGCUAGUAGUAUAAAUAAUGAUGGUGAAACAGUAAUUGAAUCAUCGGAGAAUACUAAAGAAAAACCAAUAUUGAAACGGAUGGAAACAUUCGAUUCUAAUAAUAAUAAUGAUAAUAGUAAUGGAAAAAAAUCUAAUGAAUCAAAAUCACCAGUGGAUGAUAAAAUAUUUGAAACAUUAUCAUAUGAAUUUAAUCAAACGCUUCGAAAUGAAAAACUUCGUCUACGAGAAAGUAUUGAUCAACAAAUUGAAAAUUCUGAUGUCAUUAAAAAAGGACAAAAUGGUAGCGUUAUUGAUAGUAUACAAAAUGCUCAAGCAUCACAGCUGAAAAUUACCAAUGGUUUAUCGGCAUCUGGUUAUGAUCUUACACAGAUUAAAGAUGAACAUGGCCGUACUGUAUUACAUUUAGCCGCUGCUAAAGAUCAAAAACGUAACAUUUUCUAUAAAAUGUUACAACAAGCCAAAUAUCUGGUUCCUGAACUUGAUUCUAAAUAUCGUACAAUACGAGAUAUCGCCGUACAGAAUGGAAUCAAAAAUAAUCUUCAAGUUAUUGAUCAAUUUAUUAUUGAUUGUUUCUUAAAUGAAGAUGCUGAUUAUCUUAAAUUAUUAUUACUUGAAGGUUAUGCUACAUUAUUGACUGUUGUCGAUUCUGAAGGAAAUGAUGUAAUAUCAUUAUUGGAAAGAAAUAAUAUAACUUCAAUGCAAACGUUUAUACAUGAAGCGGCUGAAUUACAGAAAAUGAGAGAUGAAUUACAUACAUUCAUUCGUAAUGGCUAUUUGGAAGGCGUUGUCGGUCUGGUGGAUAAUAAUUCACAAUUAGUUAUAGCUAAAAGCAAUCGUGGCCGUACAUCGCUUCAUUUAGCCGUUCUUUUUGGCAAUUUGGAUAUUAUUGAAAUCUUGAUCAAAGUAAAUCAUAAAGUCAUCAAUAUACCUGAUAAUUUGGGACGUACACCAUUACAUUAUGCAAUGGCAAUGAGUAAAAUGGAAGAGAUGGGCCGUAUUCUUAUACAUUCUGGUGCUGAUAAAGCUAUACGAGAUGUCAGAAUGAGAAUACCAAGCUAUUAUUUCGUUUACAAACAAGAUAUUCGUGAUAUUAAACGUGAAGAACAAAAUUUAACCAUUUAAAUGUUGUUGAAAAGAAAAAUUCUAUUGUCAUAUUGAUUUAGAAUUUAAAAUAUAGCAUAAAAAACAAUAUAUUAUUCUUAUUCUUAGUUGUAAUUGAAAUCAAGUUCAACAACAAAAAAAUGGAUUAUUCUCAAUAAAUUCGAUUUUCAGUCUUU